CAGGUGUGUCGCUGUUUAGAGUUGAAUUUGGAAAGUAGACUGUCAGGAAUGUCAACUCUUAACCGCAGUCAUUAGGCUAUUACCUUCUGGACAGAACAGAUAGAGGUGAAAUAACGCAGAUAUCAGAGAGAAGUCACUAUGAGUAAAGUUGUAAAGCUGUUUAAGGGGACUUCGAGUUCCUCUGGAAGUAAAUCAAGCUCCAGCUCGAGCUCAAAGGGGAAACACCGCUCGCGCGCAGGCCCAUCGCCUCAGGAGGCCAUUCACAAACUGCGCGAGACCGAGGAGAUGCUUAACAAGAAACAAGAGUAUCUCGAGAAGAAAAUCGAGCAGGAAAUAAUGAUUGCUAAGAAGAACGGCACAAGAAACAAAAGAGCUGCACUUCAGGCUCUGAAAAGGAAGAAGCGUCUUGAGCAGCAGCUGACUCAGAUUGAUGGGACGUUGUCCACCAUCGAGUUUCAGCGGGAGGCAGUAGAGAAUGCCAACACCAACGCGGAGGUCCUGAAAAACAUGAGCAUGGCUGCCAAAGCUAUCAAAGGAGUCCAUGAGAAGAUAGAUAUGGAUAAUAUCGACUCUCUCAUGGAGGACAUCACAGAGCAGCAGCAAAUAGCUCAGGAAAUCAGCGGUGCUAUUUCACAGCCUUUCGGCGAGCAGUUUGAUGAGGAUGAGUUGUUGGCCGAGCUGGAAGAGCUGGAGCAGGAAGAGCUUGAGGAAAGUAUGAAAAACAUGGGCAGGCUGCCCAGUGUACCGACGUCCAAACUGCCCAGCACGAGACCUAGUCACCGUACGACAACUAAGAAAAGAGUGGAGGAUGAAGAUGACAUGAAGAUGUUAGCAGCCUGGGCUUCUUAGUCACCACGAAAAACACACACGUACACCAUACACACAGGUUGUAAGAAAAAGGCAAAUAGUUUAAAUUUAAGGGUAAAGGACA